AUUCUUUCUAUCUUUAAGCUUGUACCCUCAUUGCCUACUUCUGUGUCUUGUUUUCAGACACCAUGCGGCCACAAUUUCUGCCUGAAGUGCUUCCAGAAAUGGGUUGGGCAACGAAAGCAUACUUGUGCAAAGUGCCGUGCUCCAAUUCCUCAAAAGAUGGCAAGUCAACCCCGAAUCAACUCUUCCCUUGUAAUUGCCAUACGUAUGGCUAAGCUUUCAAAAUCACAUGUUACUGGGGCGGCUGCCAAGGUAUAUCAUUACAUACAAAACCAAGACAGGCCUGACAAAGCAUACACUACUGAGCGAGCACAAAAGACUGGAAAAGCUAAUGCUGCAAGUGGCAAGAUAUUUGUUACAAUUCCUUCAGAUCAUUUUGGACCUAUACCUGCUGAAAAUGAUCCUGAGAGAAAUCAAGGUGUCAUGGUUGGGGAAUGUUGGGAGGAUAGGCUGGAAUGUCGACAAUGGGGUGCACAUUUUCCCCAUGUUUCUGGUAUAGCUGGACAGUCUAACCAUGGCGCACAGUCUGUUGUGCUUUCAGGAGGGUACCUUGAUGAUGAGGAUCAUGGGGAAUGGUUCUUAUACACAGGAAGUGGCGGAAGAGAUUUGAGUGGGAACAAGCGAACUAAUAAGGACCAGUCCUUUGACCAGACUUUUGAAAAGUAUAACAAGGCGCUCCAAGUUAGUUGCCAGAAAGGCUAUCCUGUAAGGGUGGUAAGAUCGCACAAGGAGAAGCGCUCCGCAUAUGCCCCUGAGAAAGGGUUGCGGUAUGAUGGAGUUUAUAGAAUUGAGAAGUGUUGGAGAAAGGUGGGAGUCCAGGGGUUUAAGGUCUGCCGGUAUCUUUUUGUCAGAUGUGACAACGAACCUGCACCAUGGACAAGUGAUGAACAUGGAGAUCGGCCUAGACCACUACCAGCAAUACCUGAGCUGGCAAAAGCCACAAACAUAACAGAGAGGAAUGCAAGUCCAUCAUGGGACUUUGAGGAGAAAGAUGGCCGCUGGAAAUGGAUAAAGGAACCACCUAUCAGCAAAAAACCUGUUCAAACAUUAGAUCCUGCUGAUCGAAAGAGGUCAAGGAAAGCAAUGAGGAGAGCACAGAACAUGACUGUACGGGAGAGGCUCUUGAAAGAAUUUAGCUGCCUUAUUUGUCGCCAGGUGAUGACAUCUCCCGUUACCACAUCAUGUGGUCAUAAUUUCUGCAAGUCAUGUUUUCAAGGUGCUUUUGCGGGUAAGAGUGUGGUGACAGAAAGAAACAGAGGUGGAAGAUCCCUUCGAACUCAAAGGAAUGUACUGACCUGCCCUUCCUGUCCCACCGAUGUCACUGAUUUUGUUCAAAAUCCCCAGGUGAACACAGAGAUAAUGAAAGCAAUUGAGUCACUGAAAGAAGAGGAAGCAAAUGUAGAAUCAGCUGAUGAAUCAAGUGAAGAAAUGGACAUUCCUGACAAUGAAAAUAGCACAGAAAUGCCAGAAGAAGCAGCUGUGGUAGAUGGUGAGCAGACUUCUCCAACAAAAUGCAACCCCAAAGGCAGUCCCAAACGACUGAAAGUUGAUACUGGUAAUGACUCGCCAAAGAGUGAUAUUGUGGAGGUAAAUGAAAUUUCUGCUGUCCAGACUAAUGGUGUCAAUGGAGAUACUGAGAUGGAAAUUGCCAAGGAAAGCAAUGAGGUACAGGCUCCAGUUGCGAAACGAGGGAAAAAAACUGCUGGUCAAGCUGGCCAAGGUGUUGGAGCAAAGACCAGGGGAACAAAGAAGGCUAAGGAUGCUGUGAGUGAAGAGAACGGCUCACCAUCAAGUAAUGAAGUUUCUGCUGUCCACACUGAUGAUGUCAAUGGAGAUUCUGAUUUAGAUAUAGCUAAGGAGACCAAUUCUGAGAUGGAAGUUGCCAAGGAAAGUAAUGAGGUACAGGCUCCAGUUGCGAAACGUGGGAAGAAAAAUGCUGGUCAAGCUGGCCAAGGUGUUGGAGCAAAGACCAGGGGAAGGAAGAAGGUUAAGGAAGCUGUGAGUGAAGAUAACGGCUCACCAUCAAGUAAUGAAGUUUCUGCUAUCCAGACUAAUGGUGUUAAUGGAGAUUCUGAUUUAGAUAUAGCCAAGGAGAGCAAUGAGUUACAGGCUCCAGUGGCAAAACGUGGGAACAAAGCUGCUGCUGGUCUAGCUGUUGAAGGUGUUGGAUCAAGGACCAGGGGAAGGAAGAAGGCUAAGGUAGCAGCGAGUGAAGAGAAUGGUUCACCAUCUAGUCCUCUCCAUGUGGAUGUGGAUUUUAAAUGAUGUUGCUAACUUGAAAGGAAGGGCGAACUUUGGGGUUUUUGGUGGGACGGUUAUGCUUUUUGGUACCUCAAGGUUCUUUUGAGAAUUAUAGCAUAACUUUAUAGUUCCUCUAGAAGGUUCUUUUUGAGAAUUUGCAUACACAGGUAGCUGGCUUAAUGCCUGAUAAUGUAUUGCAGAACCAGUUCGUAAGCUU